AAAAAGGUGGUACUUUUGAAGUGAGAUACAGACUGGCAGUGCCAUAUAUUUCCUUUUUUUCAUGGUUAAAUUUUUGCCAUGUCUGCCCAGUCGAGCAUCUUUGAGAUGCAGUUUGAGUCGAGUUUUGACAUGAAGUUGUUGGUUCAGAGGUGUAAAAAGGACCUUGGCGAAUCGUUCUUGGGUUACAUCCUCUACCGUAUCGAACAUCUCGACAAAUGUCACCACACCCUCCGCCUCGAAACCUCGCCUCAAAACCCACCCACCCACACCACCAUCACACGAACAACUCAGUUUAUGGAGACCCUCUUUCACUCCCGAGCUGCACGCGCUCGCAUUCUGUACACACUUUUCCACGGUCUCACAUGCACAUCUAGUCUCACAGCCGUCAUCACGACGUUUAUCCUCGCCCUCUUGUAUCUCGAAACCAGGGUUGACCAUUCCACCAAGCUCAUGCAAAAGAGCGGCACGUUGGAAAAGUUUGUCGUCGCAGGAAUCACAGCAGCAAAGUUUCAUUUCGAUGAAGAUGUCAAAAUGUGCAAGACCACGGUUUGGAUGCUGUUGUUGCGGUGUGGGAUGGAGGUUACUGACGCGGAGGAAGAUGCGCUGAGAAAGGGGGAACUUUGGAUGGCCAAAGCAAUGAGAUUUCGAUACUGGAUUCGACCGGAUGAAUUCGCCACGUUUGAACAAGAAGUUGUGAAAGGUGUUGAGAGAUGUUCGUUGAGGGUUGACCAUCGGCUGUUGGCAUUAGAUGGACGAAAUCUUGGAUGGAUGCGGCCGACCCUUCAGUUUGCGCAAUCGGCAUCGAACCUCUCCCCUCGGGACCCAAACAAUGUUCUCUGGUGCACACCUCCUAUACCCAGCACCUCCUCAUAUACCUACUCACCCUCUGUCACACAAGCAACGACACCAACAUCCAACCCAUUCUACGCCAAAGCUCAAGCAUUAACAACGCACAUCAACCACACAUUUGCUAUCACCCUCCUCUGUCCACACGCCUCGAGCAGCAUUUAUGAAGGUGCAAUGCAUGCGCACGCUUUUCUCGCCAGGCUCUGUGUUGAUAGGUACUGGGUCUCCCUUGCAAACAUUCUACGCAUCCGCCACUCGGAUGAUGCCGCCAGGUUGGGAUACACGGCACCAUCAGAUACUGCCAAAGAACUGCAGAAGGAGACGGAGCGGUUGUGGGACUGGGCCGAGAUGUCACAGCACGCCGGGAACGUCCACUGGGCCUUCAUGAUGAAGUGGGCACAGUCCGUGUAUUGGACCCAGAGACCAUAUCCGCCAGAAUGGGACAGUCUGAGAGAUUUUGUGCAAUUUAAUGCGGGCAGAGUAGAACCUCCCGCACAGGGAACUUUGAAACGAGUUCGGGCGGCGUCAAUGGGGACAAUGGUCCCCAGUAAGAAGCACCUGGCGGGAGCGGGUGAGAUGCUGGUUGUGCCGCGAUACCCUGUAGAACUUCAACAAUUGGUCCACUAUCCAAUGGCGCACUCGGACGACCGCCUUCAAGAUAAUAGACAGUCAUGUCAUGAGGUAGAGGUUUUUGCGAUUGCUGCUGGGUAG